GAGUGGCCAGCUUGCGCCCGCUGUCCUAGAGGCGGCUGGGCCGGAGGCGGUCGCACAAAGAGCCCCGGCGGGCCUCUCCAGCCGCUGUUCGACCAUAGAGAUGCGGCUCCUGCCGGCCCUGGGCCGGGAGGUGAGUAAACGCCUGCGGGGUGGGAACUGCAAGCUGGUGCAGGUGGAUCUUGCCCAUCCGAGGCAAACGUUUUUGGAGGGCGAGGAUGAGGAGAAGGUCUGGGUGCGGGGAACCCCGGGAGGAGGUGCUAAAGGGACCACGCCAAGGAGCGGUUGCCCCUCGCCUUAGUCGUGUCACAGCUAUGGACCGCUCCCGGGUACCCGCUGUCCCCUCAAGACCGUAAUCGCGAUGAUGCUCCAUCCCAAGCCUUGCAGGUUGCAAAGCGCCUUUCCCAUUCGUCGACUCUGGUGACUCCCGCGCCCUCCCGAGAAUGUGGACGCUGUCAUCGUUUCCACUUCACAGAUGGGAAAACUGAGACCCAGGGACGAAAGGUUAUCCUAGGUGCCCCAAACUGCGUGCUUGGCUUCUCAGCACCUGAGAAAGCACAGCCCUGAAAGCCGUGGUGAUGACAGACCCCGUGUUGGACUCACAGCCAGCGAACAGCCCUGGGGAGAUGGCUGGACUCUGCUCUGAACUGUUGCUGAUCCCCCAGCCUCUUUCUCACCGUGGCCUCCUGGAGCCUGGGCAGAGCGCCUGCCCCUCGGAGAGCCCUACCCCUCUGCCUACGGACCCUGCCUGCUUGCUGGUAGAGGCCACAACGUCUGGAGAGGGCACAGGAGACAUGGAGAUCAUUGUGGAAGCAGUAACUGGAAACUUGUCCCCAGGGACUCCUGGAGACACUCCAGGUGUCCUGGUCAAGGUGGUGGAAGUGUACUUCUGUGAGCGCUGUGGGCAGAGCUUUGCAGACCCCACUCUGCUGGCCCUGCAUCAGUGCCCCGAGACCCUCAUCCAGCCUGUGCAGGGUCUGUCCAGCUCGCCAUGCUCCCUAGCACUGCCCCCCAGUAACCUCACCCUCCUCGGCCCUCCACAGGGCCGAAGCCCAACAGACAGCCCCUUGCCAUGCCCCGUGUGCAGCCAGGAGUUUGCUCAGCCCCAGGCCCUGAAGAGCCACUUCAAGUCGCACCGAGGCACCCCCGACACCUUCUCCUGCCCAGAGCCCGGCUGUGUGUUCUCCUGCGAGGCUCGCCAAGGCCUGCAGCAUCACCUGAAGCAGGCUCACAGCGCCGUCCCUGUGCCCUGUUCCUUCCGGGGCUGCCCCUUGCUCUUUGGGAGCCAGCAGGGCAUGGAGCUGCAUCGGCAGGUCCAUUAUCCCUUCCACUGCAGCCACUGCAGCUUCGUGGGCUCCAAUGUCAAGCUCUUCCGGCAGCAUCAGCGGAGCCACGGGUCAGGGACACGGGGAGAACUUCCUACCCUGCGAAGCCUGCCAACCCAGGAGCUGCUGCCAAUCGCCGAACAGCCCCUGGGGGAGGGAGCACCUUCAGAGGAAGCAGGUGUGCCUGCGCCUGGGCAGGAGUCGGCUGAAGAGGAAGACGCUGGAGGAGAAGAAGAGUGUGGCUCCCAGAAGGACGCCCGGCCAGCCCUGGGAAGAGGCCAGGGGACACCGCAGGUGGAAGGUGAGGUGGCUCCUGCCGCUGAGCCCCUCUUCAAGACCCACAUGUGCCCGGAGUGCCAACGCUGCUUCAAGAAGCGGACCCACCUGGUGGAACACCUGCACCUGCACUUCCCAGACCCCAGCCUCCAGUGCCCCAACUGCCAGAAGUUCUUCACCAGCAAGAGCAAGCUGAAGACCCACCUGCUGCGGGAGCGGGGCCAGAAGGCCCACCGCUGCCCGCUGUGCCACUACAGCGCCGUGGAGAGGAACGCGCUCAACCGCCACAUGGCCAGCAUGCACGAGGACAUCUCCAACUUCUACUCGGACACCUACGCCUGCCCUGUCUGCCGCAAGGAGUUCCACCGCAGCCAGGCCCUCAAGGAGCACCUCAAGAGCCAUGCGGCCGCCGCCGAGCCAGCACCCCUCAGCUGCUUCCAGGAGGGCUGCGGCUACUCGGCACCUGACCGCAAGGCCUUUGUCAAGCACCUGAAGGAGGCCCACAGCGUGCGGGCCGUGGAGUGCCGCCACCACUCGUGCCCCUUGCUCUUCGCCACGCCAGAGGCCAUGGAGACCCACCACAAGAGCCACUAUGCCUUCCACUGUCCCCAGUGCGACUUCGCCUGCUCCAACAAGCACCUCUUCCGCAAGCACAAGAAGCAGGGCCACCCUGGCAGCGAAGAGCUGCACUGCCCCUUCUGCCCUUUCGCCACCUUCAACCCGGUGGCCUACCAGGACCACGUGGGCAAGAUGCACGCACACGAGAAGAUCCACCAGUGCCCCGAAUGCAACUUUGCCACCGCCCACAAGAGGGUGCUCAUCCGACACAUGCUAUUGCACACGGGCGAGAAACCGCACAAGUGUGAGCUGUGUGACUUCACGUGCCGGGAUGUGAGCUACCUGUCUAAGCACAUGCUGACCCACUCCAGCGCCAAGGACUACAUGUGCACAGAGUGUGGCUACGUCACCAAGUGGAAGCACUACCUCAGCGUGCACAUGCGAAAACACCUGGGGGACCUCAGAUACCAGUGCAACCAGUGCUCCUACCGCUGCCACCGCGCUGACCAGCUGAGCAGCCACAAGCUGCGGCACCAGGGCAAGUCCCUGAUGUGUGAGGUGUGCGCCUUCGCCUGCAAGCGGAAGUAUGAGCUGCAGAAGCACAUGGCCUCCCAGCACCGACCCGGCGGGCAGGCCCCGCUCUUCCCCUGCCGCUACUGUAGCUACCGCAGCCGCCACAAGCAGGCGCUGCUGAGCCACGAGAACUGCAAGCACACGCGCCUGCGCGAGUUCUGCUGCGCCCUCUGUGACUACCGCACCUUUAGCAAUACCACCCUCUUCUUCCACAAGCGCAAGGCCCACGGCUACAUGCCCGGGGACCAGGUCUGGCAGCUCCACCCUGCUAGCCAGGAGCAGGAGCCAGAGGGCUCCAGGCAGUGCCCUGCACCCCCGGCAGACGCUGAGCCCCAGGAGCUGGGCCCUGUCCCUGAGACUGCAGUGGAGGCCAGCUCUGGCCAAGCUGUGUCUGAGCUGAGCGAGGACAGAGCUGAGCAGCAGGCUUGCAGUGAGGUUCCCCAAGAGAGCGAGCUACUUGGUGGCCCUAGCCCGGCGGAGGUGGAUGAGAGCUCCUGCACCCUGCACCUGGAGGCCCUGCGGGUGGAGCUGGAACCCUUGGCCGAACUGCCCCUGGAGGAAAAGACCCCUGAGACGGCCCCAGUGGAGGGCAGGCCCAUGGACCCCUCCAGGCCCCUAGAACUGGAAGCAUCUGCUGGCACUCUGAUGGCGCUGUCCAGCUUCGAAGGCAGCGAACCUGCUGUUCUGAGUGCUCAAGAAGAGCCCAUUCUGGACAAGCCAGUCCCUGAACCUCCCCGGAACCCCCCUCCCUCCGAGCAGCCCUCUAACAGCUGGGUGGGGCCCUUUAAGGCCAGUCUACCUGCCGAGACUGCCCCCUUGCCUCAGUUCCCUGAGUCAGAGUCCAUUCUAAAGGCCCUGAGGAGGCAGGACAAAGAGCAGGCUGAGGCCCUGGUGCUGGAGGGGCGGGUGCAGAUGGUGGUCAUCCAGGGAGAGGGCCCAGCCUUCCGCUGCCCGCACUGCCCUUUCAUCAGCCGCCGCGAGAAGGCCCUGAGUCUGCAUGCCAGGGCUGGCUGCCAAGGCCGCCGAGAGCCCCUGCGGUGCCCCGAGUGUGGGGCCAGCUUUAAGCAGCAGCGGGGCCUCAGCACCCACCUGCUGAAGAAGUGUCCUGUCCUCAGAAAGAACAAGGGCGCGCCCAGGGCAGAUCCAGCCAGCUUACCACCCUCAGGCCCCCAGGCUGCCGAGGACACCAAGUCCCUGCCCGAGCCUUUAGCACUGGACCUAGUGGCUCCCAAAAGCACCCCUUCUGAGCUGCCUGAUGAGCCCAGUGAAACCGAGGAGCCUCCUGGUACCCCCUCCGGCUCCCCCGCCCCACCUGCAGCCAGCCCCCCGCCGGCAACACCCCCGGAGAAGUUCCGCUUUGAGCAGGGCAAGUUCCGUUGCAGUUCCUGUGCCUUCCUGUGCUCCAGACUCUCCUCCAUCACCUCUCACGUGGCCGAAGGCUGCCGGGGGGGACGCGGAGAAGGGAGGCGGGCGGUCACUGCAGCCAAGCCUGCCCUGUGCCCGGUGUACAGCGGGGACUCUGCUCCCCAGGGCAGUGGGAGCUCGGAGCCCAGCCCUGGUGGUGGGGACACAGCCGUGGUCCCAAGGCUAAAGGGCACUCGCUUCUCCUGCCCCACCUGCCCCUUCAGCUGCCAGCAGGCACGCGCGCUGCGGACUCACCAGGCGCGGGGCUGCCCACUCCAGAGUCCUGGGGAGUCACACUGCGGCCUCUGCCCGGUCACAGCCGCCACCCUGCGGGGCCACCAGAAGAGGAGGCCCCUGGCUGCUGGGCCCGCCCGCGGCCCCCGGCCCCCGCUGCAGUGCGGGGACUGUAGCUUCACCUGCAAGCAGAGCCGCUGCCUACAGCAGCACCGGCGCCUCAAGCAUGAGGGGGUGAAGCCACACCAGUGUCCCUUCUGCGACUUCUCCACCACCCGACGCUACCGCCUGGAGGCCCACCAGUCCCGGCACACGGGAGUGGGCCGCAUCCCCUGCAGCUCCUGCCCCCAGACGUUCGGGACCAACUCGAAGCUGCGCCUGCACCAACUGAGGGUGCACGACAAGACCCCCACCCACUUCUGCCCGCUGUGUGACUACAGCGGCUACCUCCGCCACGACAUCACGCGGCACGUCAACAGCUGCCACCAGGGCACCCCAGCCUUCGCCUGCCCGCAAUGCGAGGCCCAGUUCAGCUCCGAAACGGCGCUCAAGCAGCAUGUCCUGCGCCGGCACCCGGAGCCCCCUGCCCCUGCCCCAGGCGCCCCUGCAGAGGCAGCCCAAGACCCCCUCCGCUGCGCCCGCUGCGGGCUGCUGUGUCCCAGUCCCGCCAGCCUGCGGGGACACACCCGCCGGCAGCACCCCAGGCUCGAGUGCGCCGCCUGUCGGGAGGCCUUCCCCAGCCGGCCCGCCCUGGACCAGCACCGGAGGCAGCGGCACUUCAGCCACCGCUGCCAGCUCUGUGACUUCGCGGCCCGCGAGCAGGUGGGCCUGGUGUCUCACUACCUGGAGCAGCACGAAGCGGCGCCGGACGGGGACGCCAGCCAGCGCCCUCUGCGCUGUCCUUUCUGCGACUUUGCCUGCCGCCACCAGCUGGUCCUUGAUCACCACGUCAAGGGGCAUGGGGGCACCCGGCUCUACAAGUGUACGGACUGUGCGUACAGCACCAAGAACCGGCAGAAGAUCACCUGGCACAGCCGUGUCCACACCGGGGAGAAGCCCUACCGCUGCCACCUCUGUCCCUAUGCCUGUGCCGACCCCUCUCGCCUCAAGUAUCACAUGCGGAUCCACAAGGAGGAGCGCAAGUACUUGUGCCCCGACUGCGGCUACAAGUGCAAGUGGGUCAAUCAGCUCAAGUACCACAUGACGAAGCACACGGGUCUGAAGCCCUAUCAGUGCCCCGAGUGUGAGUACUGCACGAACCGGGCUGACGCACUGCGUGUGCACCGGGAGACACGGCACCGCGAGGCGCGGGCCUUCAUGUGUGAGCAGUGCGGCAAGGCUUUUAAGACACGCUUUCUGCUGCGCACUCACCUCCGCAAGCACAGCGAGGCCAAGCCCUACGUGUGCAACGUGUGCCACCGCGCCUUCCGCUGGGCCGCCGGCCUGCGCCACCAUGCCCUCACCCACACCGACCGCCACCCCUUCUUCUGCCGCCUCUGCAGCUACAAAGCCAAGCAGAAGUUCCAAGUGGUGAAGCAUGUGCGCAGGCACCAUCCUGACCAGGGCGACCCCAGCCAGGGUGUGGGUAAAGACCCCACUACCCCCACCGUGCACCUGCAUGACGUGCAACUGGAGGACCCAGGCCCGCCCGCACCUGCAGCCCCACCCACUGGCCCUGAGGGCUGAGUGCCUGCCCACCUCCCAGGCAGGAAAGGAGGGCGUGGGCCCAGGCAUGCACACUGGACCCAGAGCAGGCCUGUGGAGCCCAGGGCCUAAGGCCAGGCUGGCUUUGGGGUACAGGGGAGGAUGGAGCCCACAAGGGGCCCAGGCUCUUGUACUUUGGGACGAUGGCUGUAUAAGAGACAUGGACUACAACCUGGAUUCUUGCAGCAGUGCUGCGUGUUUUUAACUUCUGAGUUCCUGUUUCCUCACCAGCACGCCAUGGAAGGCUCUGACUGCUGGAGCGUGGUGUUACCCACUCCAUUCUGCUCCUUCCUUCUUCCAACACUGCUUUCCACCCCUGGGCAGCAUCCUCAGAGCAGUUGUGUCUACUUGCAUGUGCUGUGGUGCCGAAUGCUUGAUAAAGCAUGUCAAACGGA